CUUAGCGCUCCCCGUCCGCGUGUUUGCCUACUUCCCAGCCCGGCGUGGACGGGAUCUUGGGGUGCCUUUAAAGGUGGGAAGGGGAGCUGCUCGGCCGGACUCUCUGAUUGAGGGAGGGACAGCCUGGCUGGGGAACUGAGGCAGAGCGCAGGCAGAGUGACAGGGGGCGUUGCAGGCGAGCCCCCAACCGUGAGACAGCCCGAGUGAAAGCCCAGAAAGAAGCAGGCAGGAUUAGCCAGCCGGGCCGCUAUGAUCCGGGGACACUCCCAGGCUGCUCUUCGAGGCCCCGCACUCACUGCCCUGUUCCUUGGCAGCCUAGAAGCCAGCAUGGCUCCGACGCUAGCCCAGGCCUACCGGCGGCGAUGGUGGAUGGCCUCCACGGCCUUGGUGGAGAACCUGUUCUUCUCCGCCGUCCUUUUUGGCUGGGGCUCCCUGCUCAUCAUGCUACAGAACGAAGGCUUCUACUCCCACCUUUGUCCAGAGAGGAACAGCACCAACAGUAGUGAGCUCCAGCUUCUGACUGAGCUGGAGUGGCCCACCUGUGAAAAGCAGGAGGAAAUGUUGAACUUGGGCUUCACCAUCGGCUCCUUUGUUCUGAGCGCUACCACCCUGCCCCUGGGCAUCCUCAUGGACCGUUUCGGGCCCCGCCCCCUUCGCCUGGUUGGCAGCUCCAGUUUCGCAGCUUCCUGUGCCCUGAUGGCUCUGGCUGCUCAGAAUCGCUUAGUUUUGUCCCCACUCAUCUUUCUGGCCUUGUCUCUGAAUGGCUUCGGUGGCAUCUGUCUGACCUUCACUUCGCUCACUCUGCCCAACAUGUUUGGAAACCUCCGAUCCACCAUCAUGUCCCUGAUGAUCGGCUCUUACGCUUCAUCUGCCAUCACGUUCCCUGCAAUCAAGCUGAUCUAUGAUGCUGGCGUGUCCUUCGUAGUCAUCAUGUUCACCUGGUCUGCCCUGGCCUGUCUCAUUUUCAUCAAUUGUAUCCUCAACUGGCCCAGUGAAACCUUCCCUGCUCCAGAGGAGGCCAGUUACAUGAAAAAGAUCAAGGUAAAUGGACUGGCCUUGGACCACAAGGUAACUGGCGAUCGCUCUUUUGUCCACGUCACUACCACAAGUCAGCAGCUGAACGAGAAGACCCCAAAUGUAGAGGAAGAAAGGGAGUUUGAUUCGCUAUCUCAAGAGGUGGAAAACACCGUGGCUGCUGCUCCCGAGAAAUCUGUCCCCUUUCGGAAAAGCCUCUUUUCCCCCAUAUUCCUCUGGAGUCUUCUUACCAUGGGGAUGACCCAGCUUCGGGUGAUUUUCUACAUGGCUGCCAUGAACAAGAUGCUGGAGUUCUUAAUAACUGGUGGCCAGAAGCUGGAAACAGAGAAGGAGAUAAGUUAUAUGAAGGAGCAAGUGGCGUUCUACUCCUCCGUCUUCGGGGCCAUGCAGCUGCUUUGCCUCCUCACCUGCCCUUUAAUUGGCUACAUCAUGGACUGGCGAAUUAAGGAGUGUGUGGAUGAUCCCAGCGAGACCACCGCCCUGGAAGAGGCCAGGGAUGGUAUUGCUAAGAAGGGGACCAGAAUUCGGUACAGAAAGAUCCAGAAACUCACCAAUGCUAUCUACGCCUUUCUUUUGACCAACACUCUGCUGGUAGUCUUUGGGAUCACCUGCCUCAUUCACAACUUACACCUGCAGCUCUUAACCUUCAUUCUACACACAGUGAUUCGAGGCUUCUUCCACUCUGCCUGUGGGGGGCUCUAUGCUGCUGUGUUUCCUUCUAAUCACUUUGGGACCCUGACUGGCCUGCAGUCCACCAUCAGUGCCAUAUUUGCUCUUUUGCAACAGCCUCUUUUCACAGUGGUGGUGGGACCUCUCCAUGGAGAUGCUUUCUGGGUGAAUCUGGGUCUGCUCUUCUUCUCCCUACUGGGAUAUCUGCUACCUUCCUACCUCUUCUUCUAUCGAGCAAAGUUACAGAAAAAGUUGUCCUCCUCCAAAGCUCCAGAGAUGUGCAAUUUGCAAGAAACAGUUGCCUAGUUGGGGGGGGCGGGGAGGGGAAGGAGUGCCCCCACUCGGCAUACCCAGGAAGAGCAGGAGAAAUCGCCCCAGCUUGGAGUGUCUACCUGCAACAUAUGCACAUAGCCACGGGACAUGGAUUUAUAAAUAUAUGAGUUCUAUUUUUGUAGGAACUUGCAAAAAAGUCAAAACCAAAAAAACCCCACAAGAACCCAAACCCCCAAAACAAACCACCCCAUAACAACCACCCAAAGAAAAAAGAACACAGAGAAACGCUCCAUUGAUGAAGACUGGGUAUGGGCUCCAUUGGCAAAUCCAGAGUAGAAAGACUUGUCUUUUUCUCUUGAAAACACAAGACUGCCUAGGGCCAGGACUACCUAUUGCUCUUUGUGGGUAGAGGUGCCAGCCCGCUGACAGACAUUUCUGGAGAAGACACCCAUGGGGAGCCCUCCCACCCCCUCACAGGGACUGUGGGAUUGGACCCAGGAUGGGUAUCUGGGCCAGAGCUAGAAGGGAAGCCUGACUUUGAGGGUGGGAGGGCAGGUUCCCUCCUUGUUGCUAUUGCUGUGGCUGCUGCCAUGGUAGUUGCCACAGUGGAAAUAAAAAGGGAAGCGAGAGAUACUUGUGUCUGUGCCUCAGGGCAGAGCUGCUACCUGGGAGCCUCCCACGCACAGCCCUCCCCUCCUUUUCCCCACCACUCUCACUCCCCACCCCCCAAACUCCUUGGCAUUAAAUGGGACACAAUCCCAGCUGAGCUCUGAAUUCAGUGUACAAAUGCCUCGGGUGCCAGCCUGGGUGCCCCCCCCAGGGCUCUGUCUGGCUCCUCCUCACCUUGUUCUCUCCCCAUCACUCACUGUAAUAGGGGCAGCUUGGAAAAUUGCUCAGAUACUAAGCCUUUCCCUCACAAGAAGGAAGAAAUGCACUCCAGACAUGGUUGUGCAAAGUCAUGGAGUUGGGAAUAUCAUAGGGAUUAAUCACACAGGGGCCAGGUUGAGAGUCAUGACCGCAGAGUCAUGAAAAGGAGUGAAGCAUAAUAAGAAAAGUGGGCUAGAAAUGUCAAGACUUGAGGUUUGUGUUUUCUCCAGAUCCAAGAUGGAGCCACUGAUGCUUUUUGGUUAGGAGGGAGACACGAUCCGAUCUGUGGUUUGGAAAUGCUAAUUUGGAAGCUAUGUAGGAGAUAGGUUUGGAAGGGGAGGGACUUGAAGUAGAUAAAUCACUUAGGAGGCCAUUGGGAGAGUUCAAACUAGAGUUGAUGAAGGCCUGAAAUAGGGUCGUAUCCAAGUGAGUGGAGAUACAGGGAGAAAUGGGAGAAGUAAUGAGGGAGACUGGACAAGAUUUGGCGAUUAAUUGGGGGAAGGAGAGGGAUGAUCCUCUGCCCUCAUGGAUUUUUAAAUUCUCCUAAGGAUGUGACAUGAUUGAUAAAACAUGGGGCUUGGAGUGAGGAUGACCUGAAUUUACAUCUUACUACAGAUACUAGCUUUUGUCCCCGGGACAAAUUACUUGUUUCUUCUUUGCCUCCAUUUCCUCAUCUGUAAAAUGAGGAAAUUGGACUUUAUGGUCUCUAAGGUUCCUUUCAGCUCUAAAUCUUUGAGCCUAUGGAUGAAUAUAUACAUGAUGAGGACAUGUAAAAUGGAACAUGAUACAUAAUUUUAAUUAUACACACACGCAUAUAAUUUGAGGAUGGAGAGACUACACCGAGAUGAUUUCCUGUUGGAGGUGGCACAGGAGCUGAGCCUUGAAGGUAACUAUUCUAAGAGGAUGAGGUGAGGAAUCAUGUUUUCCAGGCAAGGACCGUAGCCUGUGCCAAGGCUGAGAGAUGGAGUAUGGUUAAAAACCAACUAGCCUAGUUUAGCUGAAAGUACAGCAUGGAAAGGGGGUGGAGUGAAGUGGGGGAGGGAUGUGCAGUAAGCCUGGAAAAGUGGUCAGGAAGUUAUGAAGGGACUCAAAGGUCAAGAUUAGAUAGAUUUUUUUUAAAUCUUAAAAGCAGUAGGGACCUCUUCUCCCCCUUCCCCCACAAGAGGUGACGUUAGAUCUCUGGAAGGUAGAGAUUUGAGACAGGGUUUGAAAUUAUAUUCUCUGUGCAUCUCUGCCCAUUGGACAGCAAAUACUACUACUACUAGCAAUUAAUAUUAAUAAAGCUCGUUGAGCUUUGCAAAAUUCUUUACAAAACAUCUCACUGGAUCCUCACAAUAACCCUAGGAGGUAAGUGCUAUUAUCUCCAUUUUACAAAUGAGGAAAGCUAAACAACUUAAGGCACUUGCCCAAUGUGCAGGACUACUAUAGGUCAGGCACUGUGCUAAGGAUACAAAAAGAGGCAAAACACAGCCCCUACCCCCAAGGAGCUCACAGUCCCAGUAUACAAAGAUAAGUUCUAUGCAGGAUAAAUUGGGGAUAGAAAAAAAUGGCACUAGAAUUAGAAAGGGUUUCGAAAGGCUUCCUGUAGUUGAUUUUUUGAUUGGGAUUUAUUUGAAGGAAGCUAGGGAAUGGUGGGUGAAGAUGAGGAGGGAGAGCCUUCCAAACAUGGGGAACAACAGAGAAAAUCAAGAGUUGGAAAGUGGGUCGCAGAAAGUGUCUGACGCAGAAUUUGAACACCAGCCUUCCGAUCUCCAAUCCCAGCACCCCUUCCACUACAUUUAACUACUGAAAAUGAAGAGAUUGGAUGCAUCACAGCUUGGGAUCUCAUGGGCAGUAAAAAUAAAAUAUCUUGUCAUUAAAAUACGCAAAUUUACCCUUA